UUCCGCCGAAUAUGAAGCACAAAUUUCACGAUGUGUUUCCAAUUUAGGACGAUGUAGUUCUUCUGAAUAUCUUUCUCAAUCAAUCAAUAUAAUCUUAAAUUCAGAAGAACUACCAUCUACAUCAUCAGUACAGCAAUCGGCAUCAACAACAGGAAUUGAAAGAGAAAGAAUAACAGCAACAGUAGUUCGUCUGUCAAAAAAACCUGUGAAACGGCCAAGAUCUCCACUACCACAAUACGAUGCAGAAGGUCCACAAUUUCAAACAAAUGCUAUUGGUUUUGUUGGUAGUGCUAUGGAGAUAGACACUCAAUCGAUUGAAUUAAAAAAUAUUUUGUGGCGUAAGGGAAACAUGCAGAAGCAUGUAAAUGAAAUUGCAUUUCUCGGUGAUUUUUCACUACCCGACGAAAUAGCAUGCUUGGACACUCCAUAUAAGUGUUUUGCGUUUUUCUUCACUGACGAAAUUUUUGAUUCUAUUGUUCAUUAUACAAACCUGAAUGCUAAAAGACAAAAUAUUGGCAGCUCUUUUUGUGUUACGACUUCGGAAAUGCGCAAAUUUGUAGGAAUCCUGAUAUAUAUGUCUGUAAUUCGAAUGCCGUCUGCUGAGCGCUAUUGGGGUCGUCAUGCGGUAACCCCAGUCAAGCAAACGAUGUCAUCAAAACGUUUCUAUGAAAUUAGAAGAUACCUAUGUUUUAAUGAUUUGUCUAAUAUGAAGAAAGUGGGAGAGCCAGGUUAUGAUACACAAUUCAACAUUCGUCCAAUUAUUGGUCAUCUAAAUCAACGCUUUGCUAUGGUUCCGAAAAAGCCACGUUUGUGUGUAGAUGAGCAAAUGUGUGCUACUAAGAUGCAUUCACGUUUUCGACAAUAUCUGCCUAAGAAGCCACACAAAUGGGGAAUGAAAUUAUUCGUUCCAUGCGAUUCUGAUGGUUACGCGUACAGAUUUGAGCUUUUCCAAAUUUAGGAGCUACGUCUAAUGUUGUUGUCCGACUAGCGGCAACGGUUCCAGCUAUGGUGAAUCAUAUAAUUUAUUUUGAUAAUUUUUAUACUUCACUACCGUUGCUGGUCUUAUUGAAGAGCAAAGGUAUAUAUUCCCUUGGAACUAUCAAACGUGAAAGAAUCCCCAAUUGUAAAUUGCCAAGUGACAAAGAGUCAAAAAUGAAACGUGGUGAAGUGAUCGAAUACGUCGGUAGCGCGUACGGAGUUGACAUGACCACUAUACAAUGGAAAGACACAAAAAACGUAUGCCUAGCUUCUACAUACGUUGGUAAUCUCCCAUUUUCUAAGGCUAACGAUGGACAAAUGCAACUUGCAAAAGCUAUCAGAUAUGACCGCAAAGACAAGAAUUAUCUUGAAGUCGACUGUCCGCAUAUUAUAAAUGAAUAUAAUGCGCAUAUGGGUGGAGUUGAUACUAUGGAUGGACUACUGGGGAGGUACAGGAUUCGGCUAAAAACAUGUAGCUACUCGCAUCGCUUAUUUUACCAUUUCAUCGAUAUGACUGUGGUUAAUUCGUACUUAUUGUAUCGCCGAAUACACAAGGAUGACACGGAUCAUGAACAUGUCGAGCUUCCUGAUUUCAGAUUCCUUGUCGGUGAUGUCCUUACUACUUUUCAGCCGCCGCAGGAAAGAAAUCCUGUUGGCCGACCACCAAAAGACGUAGUUCGUAGUUGUGCUGGUAGAACUAAGACAUAUCUACCACCGCCAGAAAUACGAUUUGAUCAGUAUGACCAUUGGCCAAACGUAAAGGACGUGAAAGGAAAACGAAAAUGUAAAUUACCUGGUUGUAAAUAUAAAACACAGGUAACAUGCAUGAAAUGUAACUUAAAUCUUUGCUUGCUUAAAGACAGAAAUUGUUUUGUACAGUUUCAUAAGAAAUAA